ACGCGCCCGGCUCCCCCCACCCGCCCCCCUUCCUCCGCCUUCUCCCUCCGCCCCCUCACGCCGCCCAGCCGAGCUCCUCUCUCCCUCACACACACACACAUAUACACAACACGCCCGGAGCCAUGCCGAAGAGAAAGGCUGAAGGAGAUACCAAGGGCGAUAAGGCCAAAGUUAAGGAUGAGCCACAACGGAGAUCGGCGAGGUUAUCUGCUAAGCCUGCUCCUCCGAAGCCAGAGCCUAAACCUAAAAAGGCAGCUCCAAAGAAGAGCGAGAAGUUGCCCAAGGGAAAGAAGGGGAAAGCUGAUGCUGGCAAGGAGGGAAACAACCCUGCAGAAAACGGAGAUGCCAAAACAGACCAGGCACAGAAAGCCGAAGGUGCUGGUGAAGCCAAGUAAAAUGUGUGAAUUUUUGAUAACUGUGUACUUCUGGUGACUGUACAGUUUGAAAUACUAUUUUUUAUCAAGUUUUAUAACAAUGCAGAAUUUUGUUUUACUUUUUUUUAAGCUAUGUUGUUAGCACACAGACCGCUUCGUUGUUGUGUUUUGAGGGGGGGCAGUGGGGACAAAUGUCACUUAGUCUAUUUCUUGGAAUCUAAAUUUUAAUAAGAAAAGUUUUCCUGGUCCCCCAGUUUUUGGAAGAAGGGCUCUUCCUGAAUAGAGGAGGAAGGGAUUCCUUCAUGCUGCACGUCUGUUAAGUUCUGUGAAGUGCAUCCGAGUGAACAUGGAAGCUCCCAAGAUGCCUGUUGCCAACUUCAAAACGGCAGUUUGUAAUGCCCUCUGUAUCUCCUUUCACAUCCUCGUUGUUUGCCUAGAGCCUAUCACUCCAAAAUACGGCAAAAAUGGCAUUUUGGGACUUACCACUCUAAAUGCAUUGUCAGGUGAUCCAGGCUUCUGGUGUCUAAUUUGGGAUAUAAUGGCUCUAAAAGGAGCUGCACUUCCUCUUUUAUAUUGUGGAUCUUCAGAUUAAGAAACCUGCAUUUUAAUUUUUUUCCUCUAAAAGUCAGGGUAGGUUUGUGAAGAGUUGUUAAACAACAUGCUAAAUGUGAAAGUGUCCACCCUCACUCUAAACUUUUCCCUCCACAAGUAUGAAAUGAAGAUUCUUCAGUUUUAUAGCAACUUUUACGUUUUGGUAGUCCUUGAAGGGAGGGGAGUUUGACAGUUGUUGUAAAAUGUUGCAGAUUGUAGCCCAUGUCCUGCCUAAAUUACCAUGAUUGUUUAUGAAAAGUACCUUUAAUAAAGCUGGAUACGGUUUGGCUUGGACUGUU